CCCACACCCUUGCAGGGGCAGGAGGAGGCUCCUGUUUCCAGGAACGUGUCAGAUUUCAGACUGAGGUCUGGUUCAGAUAGGACCUGAUUUUGGGGGGAGCUGGUUGCAGAGUUUAGAGGAACUGGAGCAGACUGACAGUCCCCCUCCGCAAUGCUCUUCGCUCUUUGAGGGAUUAACAUCGAUUCACCCCACAGACAGGCCCCAGGGGUCUCCUCUCCUUCAAGCUUCAUCAUCGGCAUCAUUUUUCGCUAAUGCUGUGUUUACUCUUCAGUUUGGUCCUGCUACUGGCCUCAGGUGUCCAUAUGCAAGGUCGUCUGAAGCUAACAGUUUUGUCAGAGGACAGACUACAGAUGAAAUGGAAGGAGGCCGACGGACCCAUUCAGGGUUACAAAGUCCGAGUGAGACCUAUCUCAGAGGUGCCACAGCCAGAGUUGAUGCUGACCACCACGCGAGGCCGAGCAACAGUAGCAGGACUGGAUUCUCAUCAGGAAUACACCCUGCAAAUCCUCAUUCUCAAUGGAACAAUGGAGAAACUCCUUGCAAAGAGGCGAUUUACCAUGAAGGGUCUGCGUGAAGAAGAGGUGAUCCGUAGCGGUAGUCGAGAGCAGAGAAAGAAGAUGCUGCCUGGUGCGUCAGGAUCAGGAGACUUGGAUGAUGUAACAGAGGCUGUGAUGGGCCUGCCAACAGUUAUUUACGAGGACACUAUGGUCACCACCACUACUCGUGCAGAGUCUGCAAUGACUGAAAACCACUCUCAGUUCCCUGAAGAUGCUCCAGACAAAACAACUCGAGAGAAGAGAAAAAGAAAGAAAGAGCGGGAUCGCCCAAGAGUGGAUAAUAAAGAGGAGCAAGGGAUGGCACAAGAGGAGAAACUCCAGAAAACCUCCGUCUCUACACACCCAGUUACAGGCAUAUCUCCAAGGAAACCAAUGGAGUGUGACAGCAGUGCUGCAGCAGACAUUGUGUUGUUGGUGGAUGGCUCGUGGAGCAUUGGGCGCACCAAUUUCAGAAGGGUCAGAGACUUUUUGGAGGGCCUGGCGACAUCCUUCCACAUUGGGCCGGAGCACAUACAGAUUGGUCUUACCCAGUAUAGUGGAGAUCCACGGACAGAGUGGCACCUCAACAGUUUCACCACCAAGGACCAGUUAUUGGAAGCCAUAAGGAAUUUCAGGUAUAAAGGAGGAAACACUUUUACAGGCCAAGCACUGUUACAUGUCAUGGAGGAGAAUAUGAGGACGGAGUCUGGUGCCAGACCGGAUACACCAUUUUUCUUGGUCCUGUUGACCGAUGGCAAAUCACAGGAUGAUGCCAUUGCUGCAGCAACUCGGCUAAAGAAUGCUGGUGUGGAGAUCAUCGCUGUAGGUGUGAAGAAUGCUGAUGAAGUUGAGUUGAGGCAAGUGGCAUCGGAUCCAGUGGAACUGAAUGUCUACAAUGUCAUUGACUUCCCCGUACUGAGCAAACUAGUGUCACGGCUGGUUCACAUUCUGUGCAGGAGGAUAGAGGACCGUGGCAUUGCAAAACGAAUGGACACAGAACCUACCACUGACCCAGUCCUCAUCUACCCCAGUCCAACUGACCUGCGCUUCUCUGAACUGAGCUCAAAAGAGGUGAAGCUCCACUGGACCAACCCUGCCCGGCCUGUCCAACAAUACAGAGUGGUUUACCACAGCGCCGAGGGUCAGAGUCCACAGGAGGUGGUGGUUCCAGGGUCGGAGUCCACUGUGCUGCUGGAAGGGCUGUCCUCUCAGACACUGUACCAUGUGUCCAUCUUUCCUGUAUAUGAGCACAAUGUUGGCCUGGCACUCAGAGGAACUGUCACCACACUACCUUUGGCAAUGCCUACCAACCUGCAGGUGAGUCCGUCCUCCUAUAACACUCUGCGCGUGAGCUGGGGUGCAGCACCAGGCACCACACAGUACAUGAUCCUUUACUCAGCCCUCAACCACGGAGAGCCUGAUGAUGCCCAGGAGGAGACGUUCAGUGCAGAUCAGACAGUUGUGGAACUGUCAGGAUUGCUACCAAGUACAGACUAUUCUGUCACGCUCUAUGCGCUAUUUGACGAGGAUCCCAGUGACCCCGUCACUGCCGUUGCCACCACAUUCCCACUCCCACCUCCGGUGAGCAUUCAGUUCCCUCUGGUCACCCACAGUAUGCUGAGGGUGAGCUGGAUGCCUGGAGCCACAGACGUCCCCAGACACAGAAUCACCUACAGCACCAACCACGGCAGUGUUGUCAAGCAGGUGGAAGUGUCAGGAGUAAACACUGUCCUGGUGCAAAACCUGUCCUCUCUGUCCAGAUACAGAGUAUCGCUCCAGUCUCACUACCCACAAGGCCUCUCUGCACCACUCACCAGUAACAUAACCACAUUGAAGGUCCCUUCUCCAUCAAACCUCAGAGUGACCAACUUCUCAGGCAGUGAUAUCACCAUACGCUGGGAGGCUGCAGCAGAUGAUGUUGUUUCCUACCUCAUCAAGUGGAUCUCCCUCAGUGGGGGAAACCUUAGACAGUUGAGAGUAAGUGGUGAGAGUGAAGGGGCCAUUCUCAAUGGGGUGGAGGAUGAUAAAGAAUACCAGAUCUCACUGUCUGCACUUUAUGGUGAUGGAGCACAGAGUGAAGCUGUGGCAAUACGAUAUAGUACCUUGUCCGGUGGAGGCCCAACAAGUGUAACCGUCUCUGAGGAAACACCGAUCAGGUUGUUGGUCAGCUGGGUUCCCCCGAACGCUCAUGUCCUCCAGUAUCGUGUCUCUUACAGUGCACUGAAUGCAGCCGAGUCCGGGGACAGCACAGUGGUGGUUCCAGGUGGCGAGAAGCAGGUGGUGUUACAGCCAUUACAGCCAGAUACGCGGUACGGCAUCCUGGUGACGGCUGAGUACCGCAACAGAGAAGGAGGCAGUGGUUCAGCACAGGGCAAAACCACUAGUCUGCGGGUGAGCAGUGUUAGUGUGGUCAGGUCAGACCACUCCAGCAUCUGUGUGUCCUGGAGAUCCUUGUCGGCUAUUGAUGGAUACCGCAUCGUUAUCCAAUCUGUCAAAGAUCAGCAAAUAAAUGAAGAAACUGUAGACAAGUCGAGCAGCAGUCACUGUUUCACGGGUUUGGAAGCACAAACACUAUAUCGCAUCAGUGUGCACUCCAUUCUGGGCUCAACGGAGGGCGCUGCUGUGUCCAUUCUGCAUCCAACAGCCCCGGCUCCAGCCAGAAUUCCCAUCCAUCCACGGAUGUACCCAGUCCACAAUGAAGUCUGUCCUGAAGUAAACAUAAGAAACAGCAUUGUCAAAGGGUUUGACAUGAUGGAAGCGUUUGGUCUGACUCAAAGAGCUCAUUCAUCUGUAGAGGGUGUGGCAGCAGAGCCGUUUGUCUUCAACACUCUCCCCACCUACACACUGUACAAAGACGUCCAGCUGACACAGAGCACUAAGUUUAUCCAUGCAGCAGGUUUCUCUCCAGAGCACACCAUCAGCAUCGCCUUUCGCAUGCUUCAGGACACACCCAGAGAGCCAUUUGCUCUCUGGCAGCUCACUGACAAUGACUUCCAACCCAAGAUGGGUGUGGUGCUGGAUCCUAUGACCAAACAUCUGGUGUACUUCAGUCUGGACUACAGAGGAGAGGUGCAGGAGCUGACAUUUGACCAGCCACAGGUCUACAAGCUGUUCUAUGGCAGCUUUCACAAGGUUCACCUGUCUGUCAGCCAGGUCAGUGUGUCCCUGUCUGUGGACUGCCAGCGUGUGGGUGAGAGGCCGGCUCGUCCUCUUGGCAGCCUACCAACGGAUGGAUUUGAGAUGCUGGGAAAACUUGUGAAGACCAGAGGACCAAAUAGUGGAUCUGCCCCAUUCCAGCUGCAAUCAUUUGAAAUCGUCUGUAACACCACGUGGGCCUCAGAGGAUACCUGCUGUGACCUGCCCGGACGGAGAGAUGAGGAGAGUUGUCCUGCCCCUGCAUAUGCCUGUACCUGUUCCUCUGAUGUCCUCGGUGCACCCGGUCCCCCUGGCCCAUCUGGAAAACCAGGUCCCCGUGGUGAGAAAGGGGAGAAGGGAGAACAAGGCCAAAAGGGGGAGGUCGGUCCUCCGGGAAAGCCUGGUAUUGAAGGCGGCCUGGGGCCUCUGGGUAGUCGAGGACCCCAAGGAAUUACUGUGCACGGCAAAGUGGGUCCACCUGGUGCAAGAGGGGAAAAGGGAGAUCCAGGAAAACCCGGAGUUCAGGGGUCACCAGGACCUCCAGGUGCAAAAGGAGAAGUUGGUGCUCCAGGCCUUAAGGGCAUUAAGGGUGUUGAAGGAAACAUAGGUGGCCUAGGGGCUACUGGACCCAGGGGUUUUCAAGGAAUACCAGGUUACCCAGGCCCUAUAGGAGAGAGGGGGCACACAGGACCUGUAGGACCUACGGGUCUCCCAGGGAGUAAAGGAGAGAGAGGAGAGAAGGGGGAACCUCAGUCCAUGGCGAUGAUCUACCAACUGGUCACAGAGGCCUGUGAGCAGCUUGUGCACAAGGAGGUGUUGAAGUUGGACAGGUUUAUUCAUGAGAUAAGUCGUAAACCAGCACCAAUUGAAGAGCCAGUGGGGCCCCCGGGGGAACCUGGAAUACCAGGCCCUAAAGGUUCACCAGGCCUUAGGGGCACCCAGGGAAAUAUCGGCCCUAGGGGUCGACCUGGCAGGCCUGGUUAUCCUGGAGAACAGGGAAGAAGAGGAGUGCUGGGACAUAAAGGUAGUGUGGGCGCCAAUGUCCAGGGACCCCCAGGGGUCAAGGGAUUUGCAGGUCCUGCAGGUGAAUCCAGGAUAGGAGCACCAGGUUCCAAAGGGGAUGAUGGUAAGAUAGGACCACCAGGGAUCCUUGGACCUCCUGGACAGCCUGGUGAGACUGGACCCCCGGGUGUGUGUGACAGCAGUGGGGGCUGCCACAGAGUUCCUCAGCAAACAGAAGAGCCAUAUUACGGCUACCAGCCUUGAGAGGAUAUUAACAGCAGUCAGUGAUGGUACACUGGUAACGGUAAGGUGCGACUGCCACCAUCGCCCUCGUCUGUUUGAAGUGACUGGUUCUUCUGGAACAGAAUGACAGACAGAGAAUGGAGCGUGGAAAAAGCUUCGUUGAAGAUAUUUGAUGUGUUGAACUUGACAGUGACUGACAGACAUCACAAACUUCAUCAUGUUUGAGAAAACAAACAAAACAAAAUCUUUUGUUACAAUGUCCAAUACACAAAUAUCUGAAUACCAGAUAAUGAUGAGUGUGCAGUAGGGGUGUAACGAUAUAUUGUGUACCAUGAUAAUUGCAUUUUGGAGCCUGUAUUAUAUUGUAUUUUCAAAUGAGUAUUGUCCUCGGUCGUGGCCAGGUGGUUAGAGCACUUGGUAUCGGUGUGGAAGGUUUCUGACACAUUUCUCCAUGUAAUGUGGAGUUGUGUCAGGAAGGCCAUCUGGUGUAAAACAUUUUCAAAUUCAACAUGCAGAUCCACCUGAUCUGCUGUGACAACCUCCAGUGAAAAUAAGGGAGCAGCUGAAGGGACUUAAUUAUAUCAUUAAAAUAAACUACUCCCUGGAUGAAAUUACAAGUUGCAUCAGGAAGGGCAUCCGAUGUAAAAAUUGUGCCAAUUCAACAUGCAGAUCCACCUCGGAUUUGCUGUCACAACCCUGAGUGCAAACAAGGGAGCAGCCAAAGGGACUUCCUUACGUUGAUGUAAUAAUUUAUCUUUCUUUGUCAAAUUGUGAUGAGUAGUGUGAUAUGUAUUGAAUCAUGACACUUGUGUAUCAUUAAACCCCUAGUAAGGAGGAAACUUUCUAAUAUAACGUUAUGUUGAGAACCAAGACCAGAAAUAUAUUCCCAUUAUAUAAACCAUCUUGGCACUGACACUGUUUUUUCUGUUUUUGUAUUUAUGCACUACUGUAUAUCUAUGCCACGUAGGAUGUAAGUGUGUUUUCAAAGCUAUAUCUUUAUUUCUUUUACAAUUUUAGCUGCUUCAAAACUGCUGAAAAGGCUCAGUCUAUAUUGUAAAAAAUCCUCUGGUCAAUGACAUGAAUGAUACUGUGAGAAUGUCCAUGUAUAAAAAUGUGUAUAUUGUUUAUUAGAAUUACAUUUACAUUUACUGUAUGCAGUUAUUCAUGUAUAUUUUGUGUGUGUUCUCAAAGAUAAUACAUGUUUACAUUUUGAUUUCUUU